CUUUUCGUAAUCGCGCUCGUGUUCUGAAUGUGAUGUGAUUAAAUAAUAUAUAAAAAGUAUCAGUAUUAAAUAAAAUAACUUAAAAUGUUUCAUUAAUAUAACUUGUAACAUGCUAUAUAUUAUGUCUAUUUAUAAUAAAAUAAUAACAAGAGUUUAGUGAAGUUCUAUGUGGUGUCGGUAAAACUGGUACUAGACAAUAAAAUCAGUUAAAAUUGUGUUGACGUGUGUUAUGAAUAUUUUGUUCCAGUUCCCGAGAUGACGUUUCGAGGAGUGCUGUUCAUCAUGUUCUACUUGACCCACACGAGUGGCUUCGAACCUAGACCAGAUAUUGGUUCACCUUCAGGUCUUGUUCCUGAUUGUCCUGGCGUGAUGAAAAAUGCGUCCAUUGGCUCGACCACAUUACCACUGCUGCAGAUCACGCUACAUCGAAUGACACGUUCAGGACAGAUCGUGCGGAAGAACUACCCCAUCUCUACAGCUCAUCAAGGUCUUCUUCGGGAUAAGAAUAUAGACUUCAAGAACAAAAGAACAGUGUUCUAUGCAGUUGGAUUCCUGGACAGUUCGUUGUUUCCACAUAGCCAGGCGAUUGGGACAGCGUACGCGAAACGGGGUUACAAUGUUCUCAUAUCUGAAACAUUCCCUUUCCUGUUAGAUAUUUACCCUAAAUCAGUUCGAAUAGGACGCGUGAUUGGUCGAAAGUUUGGCGAGUUCCUGGUAAAGUUGACACUGCAAGGCUUAAGGGCUGAAGACUUGGAACUGGUUGGCAUGAGUCUUGGAGCUCAUAUACAAGGAUUCGCUGCUAAGCACUUAUAUGCUGUAACAGGCAAGAAACCUUUUCGCGUUACUGGCCUAGAUCCUGCGGGACCAUGCUAUAGAGGAUUGCCUCCUGAAGAGAAACUGGCACCAACCGACGGCACUAGAGUUGAUGUACUUCACACCAAUAUGGAUGGUUUUGGCAUAGCAGAGCGAUUAGGACAAGUGGAUUUCUAUGCAAAUGGAGGUGAAUUUCAGCCCGGAGAUAUACCUUAUAUUCCGUGCCUCAUUCUUUGCAGUCACAUAAGGGCAAUGUUUUACUGGUGGCAAGCUAUUGAACACCCCAAGAAAUUCAUUGGCAUGAAAUGCGAUAGUAUUCAAGCUGCCCGAAGUGCAAAAUGUUACAACAACUCAGAUAUUAAUUACUUAGGGAACGCCACAGAUUUUAAUAACAAAGGCAUUUAUUAUUUGCCAACGCAUAAUGAGUUCCCGUAUUAUAGAGGUAAAGAUGGAUUAAAGGCAGAGAAUGAAAUUUAUACCUCAGUAGCUAAGUAUAUAAACGCUGAAGAUGAUUUCAGAGUUUGAAUUUUUGUGAUAACUAAUAAAAAAGAAUAUUCAAAUUUAUUAGUAUCUAGUCAUGUAAGAAAUAAUAAUAUAUUAGUAAGCAAUUAUAUUUUACUAGCUGACACAACAGAUGUUGUUCUAUUCAUAAUAAAAACUAAUUUAUUAUUAAAGCCAAUGAAAGAAAUAAAACCAAAUUCGUAUUUCUGAAUGAUCCAUAUAUUAUUAAUAUGUAAUUAUACUAUAUUAUACAUACUCAAAUGUACCAGCUUAAUGGAUUUAUAAAUUUGAAUUUGGAACUCUUAACCAGAGAGGAGAUACUUCAGAUCGAUGUGGCCAUUACGACAAAACGCCAAUUUUAUAUUAUGUAAGCUAUAGGUAUUAUUUUUAGAAUUCUUGCCAAACACCAAAAAAAAUAUGUUGAUACAAACGCAGCCAAACUUCACAAAUCCACUCCCUGAAUCUGAAGAUUGUUUGAAAAUUUAAUUAAAUCGGUCCAGCCUGUUUUGGAGUCGAUUUAGUUAUAUUUCUACAUAAUAUAUAAAGAUUACUAUUAAUAAUUAUUCUGAAGAAAAGUCAUGGGACGAGAAUACGUUCAGGGGAAGGUACUCGUAAGAAAAACGCGUUGUCAAUUACUACCCGGUUACGUCAUUUUGAUUUGUUUUGUAUGAUAACAAGGGACGAGAAGAGCAGGACGUUCAGGUAAUGGCAAUUGAUACGCCCAACUCAUUACAAUGCAGUUCCGCUCAGGAUUUUUGAAAAACCCAAAAAUACUGAGAGGCACUACAAUUGCGCUCGUCACCUUGAGACUUAAUAUGUUAAGUCUCAUUUGCCCAGUAAUCUCACUAGUUAUGGCACCCUUCAGAUGGAAACACAGUAAUGUAUACACAUUACUGUCUCACGGCAGAAAUAGGCGCCGUUGUGGUACCCAUAAUCUAGCCGGCAUCCUGUGCAAAGGAUGGAGAAGGAAGUCCCACUGGUUGUGGUCAUUAUCUCUGUACCUGACCUCGAUGGCAACGGUUUGUAAAACAGGCAGCACUAGGAUAUUAUUAUAAAUAAAUAAACAAUGAAUUUUCAGUAUUAUAAUUGAUAUAAAACACUGAACUCUACUAUAUAUCACUGGACUGGCGGCUGUCAAAGUGCAUUUGUGCGCGUUUGAUAUUCGCCAUUUUGGCGCUGUUGGCCAUGGAGCGAGAGUAUGCGGCACUAAAACUAGUGAUGACAACCUCAGCAAACAUCGAUAGAUGGUAGGAAACUAUUUACAAAAAAAAAUGUGUACUUUAUUACGUUGAUUCUUGAAGUAUAAAAACACGGAAAACGAACGAAAUUAAUUCAAAAUGCAAAAAUACUUCAGAGUACUGUACGUUCAUUCGCAGCCAUUUGCAUUAUACGUGAAAUUUAGUUAUCUGGACGCUCGCGAGUGGCGCUUCAAAUGGCACAAAAAAUUUGCUGUCAAACUUAUGAAACAGCCUGUGCAGGGGUAUUUAUACAAGUCAGUGAUCACGCCACAAUGCUGAUUAUUAUUAGUAUAAUGAUGAAACAUCAUGAAAGAAUCUGGUUUAAGUAAAAAAGCAUUUAUUUUUCUGGUAGUACUACAAUUAUAGCGACACAGAAACUACAGAACUAUUAACAACAAAAGUCAAAACGUAGCAAUGAAAACUUUAAAAACAAAGCAUGAAAAUAUCACAUGUAGUAACGGUAAUGAAACUGUAAACCGUACUGAUGCAGCAGGACGAGCGCGAGGUGGUGAAAGGAGAACGGGUGGAGGCCCAGAGAUAAUAUUGUGACCGUGUAGUACAGUAGGUACAGUGCCACUCUCAGAAUUCAUGAUUGAACCCAAAGUUCUGAGUGGUAUCACGAUUAUUGCGCUCGUCACUUUGAUACGUAAUAUGUUAACAACUCUCAUUAGCCUCACCAAGUUAAAAGAGAUAUUUGUGGGCACCUUUCCUUCAAUUAUAACGAAGACUGGAUACACGGAUGUUGUUAAGGUGCGUACAGAUUGGAAAAACUUAUUAUGUAUCAUGCAAUAAAAUAAUUUGCCGUACACAUUGUAGCAAUAUAUCAUGAAAUAUUGGCCAUUGGGGCAGUAAGGUCCUCGAAUGGCGACCACGUACCGGAAGGCGUAGUGUUGGUAGGUCCCCCACAAGAGGGACCGACGAUCUGGUCAAGAUCGCCGGAGUAGGAUGGAUGAGUGGACGUCUUCCGGCUGAAAUGAUGAUGAUGAUCAUGUAGGUAAGAUAGGUAAAUGUAUAUCAAGUAUAUUUGUAAUAAUUUUUCAUAGUUUGGGCGUCUUGUGUAAGCAUUUCACGCACAGGUUACGAGCAUUACAAGCAAGCGACAAAGUUGAUGUCAAUGACGCAAGUAUUUUACUUAGAAGAAGGAAAGGCUUCAUCAACAUAGCAUCAGAGAUAAAAGAAAGAAGAUGAAUUUUAAUAUUUAUAAUUUCAAGUUAAAAAAUUUUUUCUUUUUCAUCGAAUGCUCAAAAUGACUCUGACUAUUUCACUUUCUGUCGCUGUUUUGAUCAUGUAAAGGUAUUGGAUUAUUUAGAAUAAUAUUUCUAAGUUUACAGAUACAGGGUUCAUGAAUUUUUUUACAAAACCAAAAAAAGUGUAGAUGGUCACCUACGCUUCUAAACACCUCAUGUAUAAAAUAAAUGUAACGAAAGAUAAUAGAAAAAAUGUGCUAUUUGAAAUAAAUGCUAGUUUAAAAGUUAUGAGACUUUGAAUUGUAUAAAUGAACUGGGAAAUUGUUGUUUCUAAAUAAAUGAAAUGUCAAUACGUUUAAUUUAAUACAAAACAAUAUCGGCCUUACAAAUAAACAUGGUAUAAAGUUAUAACUGACUAACUGAUACCCCGCGACGUCGUUCGCGUACGUAUUUUUUACACCUUUUACGGGUUACAUUACAGGACUUUUAGUAGGGAUCCCUAAUUUUUUGAAAAUGUAAUAUAGCCUAUAACACUCGGGGAUAAUGUAGCAACUCCCCACAUGUCCCAACAGUGAAAGAAUUAUUCAAAUCGGUUCAGUAGUUGCGGAGCCUAUUCAAUGCAAACAAACUUUUCCUCUUUAUAAUAUUAUAUUAUAUAUAGAUAUAUUUAUAAUAUUAGUAUAGAUGAUAAACAAAGAAAAUGAAAAAUGUUUACAAUAUCGUUGCCAACAUAGUCAAUACAAUGAUAAUUCUGAAGUUUUCCGAAUGACAAGCUGCCUUGCAAAUAAACGCGGGAAACGUUAUACGUCCGAACCAUUCGUAAGCAAAAUGUCUAUUUGUAAACAUUUUAUGUAGUCUUGGUUUAUGCUUAGUUAUAACUUUAUGCCAAUUUUAUUUGUAAGGCCAUAUAUAUUUUAGAAUUAUUGAUGAAUUUUAUUGAAAUCAAUCAAUGGGCACAGAGUUAAAUCCCAAAUUACUAACUAUUUUAGUAUAUUGUAUGCACUCAAGAAGUUAUAAUUCUGUGGCGUAACAAAAGAAAAAUCGUCGUUAUAUUUUACGUUUGUAGAAAUAUCAAUAUCGUUACAAAGUAAGUUUUAAAUAGAACCAUUGUAAUUAUUAGUAUAUAUUAUAUCAGUUAUGUAGCACGGUAGGUCUAUUGUUAUGGGGCAACGCUGCCGAUGGGGCAGCAAUGAUUGUAAUCUGUUUGUAUUGGCUAAAUAAAUAAAUAAAUAUUUA